CUUCCCCCGAAGAAGCAAAAGGCAGGGCGGGGGCUUUAUUUUCGCAGUAGGAGGAGCGGGGAGAGAGGCUUUAUAGCGCUGCGCUUUGGUUUCUUUCCCUCUCACUCUGCUUUCCUCCAGCCUUAUUAUUGUGCGAUCAAAGAGAAAGAGAGAGGCUUGAGAGCCCACCGUGUUUUCCUUUCUCCUCCUCGCUAAGCAACUAAGAGCCCGAGCAGCUUAGCAUUAGUUAUUAAGCUGCAGGGUGCGUGGGAGCACGGAAGUGAAGCAAGGGACAAAAGGGUACGAGGAAGCAGAGGCAAAAACAGAGAGCUGAUCGAGAGCCGGGGAAACAGCCGGAGAUGGCAGGGAGGAGGCAGACUCCGCUUCUUCUUCUUCUUCUCCUGGGGUUCUGGCAGCUCAUCCAUUUCCCGUUUGCAGCGCCGCAGUCCUUCAUCGGCAUCAACUACGGCGACGUGGCCGACAACCUCCCGCCGCCAUCAUCCACGGCGCGGCUCCUCAAAUCCACGACCAUCGGCAAGGUCCGGCUCUACAGAACCGACCCGGCCGUGGUGUCCGCCUUCGCGGGCACGGGCAUCUCCCUGCUCCUGGGCGCGGCCAACGGCGACAUCCCCUCAUUCGCCUCCUCCCCGUCCGCGGCCGCGGCCUGGGUCGCCGCCCACCUCCCAUCCACAUCCUCCCCUGCCAUCACCGGCAUCUCCGUCGGCAACGAAGUCCUCUUCAGCGACGACGCCUCCCUGGCCUCGCAGCUCGUGCCAGCCCUCCAGAACAUCCACGACGCGCUGCCGCCAAACUCCAGCAUCAAAGUCUCCACCGUGAACGCCAUGGACGUCCUGGCUUCCUCCGACCCGCCGUCUUCCGGCGCGUUCAAGCCGGGCCUGGCAACGGCCCUGGACCCGCUGCUGGCGUUCCUGAGCAAGACGGGCUCGCCGUUCCUGGUGAACCCGUACCCGUACUUCGCGUACCAGAGCGACCCGCGGCCGGACACGCUGGCGUUCUGCCUGUUCCAGCCCAACGCCGGCCGGCCCGACGCCGGGUCCGGGCUCACCUACACCAGCAUGUUCGACGCCCAGGUGGACGCCGUGCGCGCCGCGCUGGACGCGAAAGGGUACAAGGACGUGGAGGUCGUCGUGGCGGAGACCGGGUGGCCGCACGCGGGCGGUGCCGACGAGGCCGGGGCGUCCGUGGAGAACGCGCGUGCUUUCGUGGGUAAUCUGGUGUCGCAUCUCCGGUCCAUGGUCGGCACGCCGCGGAUGCCGGGGAAGUCCGUGGAGACGUACCUGUUCGCGGUUUAUGAUGAGAACCUCAAGCCCGGGAAGCCGUCGGAGCAGUCGUUCGGGCUGUUCCAGACGACGGCCCUGGCCGAGAUGUACCCGACGGGGCUCAUGAGGAACGGGACUGCAGGAUUGGCGCCGGCGCCGGCGCCGGCGUUGCAGCCCGCGAGCUCCGCGACCGUGCCGGGGAAGCAGCCACAGGCGCAGCCGGGCUCAGCGGCGCCUACCGGCCUGUGCGCGCCGGGGUCGGUGAAUAGUACUAGCACCGGCGCCUGUUCUCGUUCUACACGUAGUGCUGCUGAAUCGCCUCGCACUAUCAAAGUGCUCAACCUUGUUGCUUGUUUCUGGUUUAUGUCUUUGUUAGUCUGACCUUUUUUGGUCUAUACCAUUUGUUGCCAGUGUAUUGCUUGAGCCACCUUAUGGUUUGCUGAUAUGUGGUGUUGCAACGAAACUGUCAUGUACAAUUCAAGUGUAAAGCCCAGAAACAUCCGUGUUGGAAACA